AUGGCUGAAGCUUUGAUCAAUAGGCACCCGCUCCAGCGACUGCCGAGUCCUUCUCGGACUUUUUCUGCUUUGGUUCAUUUUCCCGUUUCAGGAACUGACGGGUUGGCCUCCAGCUGGCUGGACUUUCAAGCUUCUUAUGGUCUUUCAAAUAGUAUGAAACCCCUCGUUUCUUUACCUAAACAAGUUGCUAAUAUGCCUGCAGCUUGCAUGACAACCCCAACGAGGCCAUAUGGUUGGCAUUUUCAAUAUUUAACUGUCAUUGGCCUGUCAUUGUCAACCCUCACGUUUUUCGUUGCCCUACUGGCGGAUAUUACCUUGUCCCGCCGACUGUUUUUACUCAAGAAUAUCCUUUCAAUAUGCAGUGCUCCACUCGAGGUCUUGAUUAGUAUCUUGUACUGGGGUCUUCGCUUGAUCGAUGAACGUUUGGUGGUUCCCGAAUGGGUCGUCAUUCCUCUUCAUGCCGAUAUAAGCCUCCACGCAACCCCAUCGGUGGUGAUGUUGAUUGAUCUACUGCUGCUCUCGCCACCGUGGACAAUUUCCAUAAUUCCUGCGCUCGCAGUAUCUGGCACCAUUGCUUUCGGGUACUGGUUUUGGAUCGAGCAAUGCUUCGCCAUCAAUGGAUGGUACCCAUAUCCGAUCUUCGAAGCUCUGCCCACCGAAGGCCGCAUUGGUCUCUUCACUCUCAGUGCCACUGUGAUGGCACUUAGCACCAUAACCCUUAAAUGGUUAUUUGGACGUGUCAAUGGCUUCGGUAGCCCUAUCCAGCCGCAAUCUCGCCCAGGUGAUAUCAAGCGCAAGGAAGGUCUAUAG